ACUUUUUGUUACGGCACCCGUAUAAGUUGUGUCUCCUUCUCUAUUACUUACUCCUUAGUUUAAAGUUAAUGUUUGCUUAAAAAAAAUAUUUUUAUGUUUUUCUUUAGGAAACAUAAUGCGAGCAAAUUAUUUGGCUACCAUAAGUGAACGGAGCAAAUUCGACACUAAUGAAAAAUGUUUUUUUUUAUUAGAUUAGACUAGAUUAGAAAUCUAGAAUUAAAUUUCAAAAAUGUUAAAAGUAUAAAAUGGAUAACCUAGGAUUAAAAUUUGAUUGAUGAAUAUUUAAUUAAGAUAACUUAUAAUAUAUUUAUAUAAUGUUUAGGAUUAUAAUUUUACAAUGAGUAAGAAAGAUAAUACAUUAUAUUACUUCCAUGAUAAUCAAAUUCUCUUAACAAGAAAAUAUCUGAAAAAUAAAAUUAUAUGUGAUAAAACUAAAUAUGAACAUUAUAUUCAAGAGCGACUUCAAAUACUUGAUUUAAUUAAAUGCACUAUUGAUAUGGGAGAAAGUAAUUCUAUUUUAUUAAUUGGUCCAAGAGGUUGUGGAAAAACUGCUCUUAUUAAUAGUGUACUAAAAGAAGUAUUAGACAUUAAAAACUUUGAAGAAAAUAUUAUAGUUGUCAAACUUCAUGGUUUAGUUCAUACCGAUGAUCGAUUGGCUCUAAAAGAUGUUAUUAGACAAAUGCAAUUGGAAAAUGUAUUUAGUGAUAUAGAUUUUGGUACAUUUGCUGAAAAUUUGAGUUUUCUUAUAGAAAGUUUAAAGUCAGGAAACAGAAAAUGUUCAAAACCAAUCAUUUUUAUUCUUGAUGAGUUUGAUUUAUUCUGUGUGCAUCAUAAUCAAACUUUAUUAUACAACCUUUUUGAUGUUGCACAAUCAGAUAGAGCUCCUAUAUGUGUAAUUGGAAUAACUUGCAGAUUAGAUGUAAUAGAAUUGCUAGAGAAAAGAGUAAAGUCAAGAUUUUCUCAUCGACAAAUUUUUUUGUAUCCUGGUAAUAUUUCUAGUUUGAAAUCAUCUGCAUUUGAAAAUCGUUUAGAGCUUUUUCAAGAUCUUCUUAGCUUACCCCUUGAUGAAAAUAUUAGUAAAAUAAGUCAGACAAAUAAAAUUGAUAACAUGGGUUCCAAGUUUCAAACUCAAUGGAAUAAGCAGAUUGAUAAUUUAAGAAAUAAUAUAAACAUUGUUAAUCUUUUAAAACAAAUGCAUUGUUCUGAUAGAUCUGAAAAAAAAUUCAGAAAUUUUUUGGCCAUAGUUGUUUCUAUUCUUGUGACAGUCCAGCAAGUAUUUCAUGUUGAUGAUUUUAUUUAUGCAAGUAAAAUCUUUUCAAGAAAUGAAAAAGUUUUAAUAUUGCAAGGUUUAUCUAUUCUGGAAAUGUGUUUGGUUAUAGCUAUGAAACAUGAAACAGAAAUCUAUAAUAAUGGACUCAUGAACUUCGAAAAGAUCUGGAGUAGAUAUUUAAAAUUUGGUAGUCGAAAUUCCUCAAUCGAAUCUGUACAACGACCUGUUGUGAUUAAAGCAUUUGAACACAUCAAAGCUCUGGAAUUGAUUGUAUCAGUUGGAUUAAAUCAAAGAAAUGAAAAAGAAUAUCAAUCUUAUAAAUUUACAUUGACAUCUCAACAAGUUAUGGAAGCAGUAAAAAAUUACAAUGGUUUACCUACUGAUGUAACACAGUGGGCAGAUAGUAGUAUAUUAUGAAAGAUAAUAUACUACAUUACGAUAAAAGUGCGGAAAAGUAGAUUCUUGUCUCGUGUAGCGAGGGUGGAAAGAUACACGAGACGAGAAACUCUUUCCCGAACAUGUGCCGUACCGCAUUUUUUUAUACGAAGUGUGGAAAGUACGAUUUUCAACGCAUGUUUUCUGCCGAGCGUGCGGGAAAGACACACUUUGCGCACGGAGUAUCGAAAAAGUAAUUAAAUAAGUUCAUUGUUAGGAUAUUUCUAGGAGCUAUAUGCCACAUGAUAUACUUUGGAAUAUAGAAAUUCACGCUAAAGUCUGAAUCACGAGUGUAUUUACAGAUGAGUCUAAAUAAAAAUAUGCUGUUAAUAUCAGUCAAAAAAUUAUUUAGAAUUAAUGUCUCAUUUAAUUAUUUCAUCUUGAAAAUUUAUUACAUUUAUUUAUUGUAAUAACUUAUGGUAUUAGAUAUACCUAUGUAUAAGAUGCAUCUGUUUUCAGAGUUAAAAUUGAGAUAUAUGUAUGAGAGGUACUGAAACUACUUUCUUCAAAUGUAAAUGAAGUUUUUUAGGAUACAUAAGUUAUGAAUAUCUAUUCUUUUUAAG